AUGGACCAAACUGAACUCUGCUUUCCACAACUAUUCAACUCCUCUUGUGUGCGGCAAAAGCAUUCACAAAUUGAAGCUGUGUUUAUUUACACCCCACUGUCUUCCAUCUCUGUGCUUACUGCAAUUCUGAACCUGCUUGUGAUCAUCUCCAUCGCUCACUUCAAGCAGCUGCACACCCCAAACAACCUCCUCCUCCUCUCUCUGGCCGUCUCAGAUUUCUUCGUGGGCCUCAUCAUGGCUUGUCAGAUUAGUCUCCUAGAUGGCUGCUGGUUUCUUGGUGACCACAUGUGUGCUCUGUAUAGCAGUUUAGAUUACAUUGCUACUUCUGCUUCAGUAGGAACUAUGGUACUCAUAUCAGCUGACCGCUAUGUAGCCAUUUGUGACCCUCUGCAUUAUCCCACCAAAAUUACUAUAAAAAGAGUCUCAGUCUGUAUUUGUACUUGCUGGGCUUGUUCAAUUCUGUAUAACAGUCUUAUCAUGAAGGAUAAUUUCAAGCAGCCAGGGAGGUAUAAUUCUUGUUCUGGUGAUUGUGUAGUUGUCAUUGACUACUUUGUGGGAAUUGUUGACUUUGUUUUGACCUUUGUCGGCCCUGUGACUGUCAUCAUAGUUCUGUAUCUAAGAGUAUUUGUGGUGGCUGUGUCUCAGGCUCGGGCAAUGCGCUCUCAUAUCACUGCUCUCAGACUCCAGGGGUCAGAGACGUUGCACGCUAAGAAAUCUGAGCUGAAAGCUGCCAGGACUCUCGGUGUACUUGUUAUUGCCUUUCUGAUAUGUCUUUUCCCAUUUUUCUGUUCCUCAAUGGUAGGCCAGAAUAGUUUCUUUGAUAUUAGAUCUGUACCUUUUGAGCGCAUGCUGUUCUAUUUUAACUCUUGUCUGAACCCGUUAAUCUACACUUUUUGCUACCCCUGGUUUCUGAAAUCUAUUAAGCUCAUUGUGACAUUUAAGAUAUUUAGGCAUGGCUCCAGUGAGGCCAGUAUACUAUAG